AUAACUUAAUAUUCAAAAUGUCUGGAUUAUUUGACGCUCUGCCUAAAGUGAAUAGUUGUUGUUUUUGUGUUGCAAGUUUAAAAGCAGCCUGCAUAAUGAUAUGCGUCGUGGAAUUGUUGUUUUCUACUUCGUACUACUUGUAUGGAGAUGGCUGCUACAUCAAUGUGAUACAAAAAAUUUUGACGUACUCUAUAAUAAUAUGCGAUACGGCGUUAGCUUUGACGAGUAUCGUAUUCUUCAUUGGACUGUUAUUGGAUAAACAGAUAACCGCUAUUAUGUUCCUGUGGGUUUUACUGUGCUCUGUAGUUGUAAAACUAUUAGUCUCAAUUGUGGGAAAAAUAAUAGCCAUGAUAGACGGAUACGACAAACACUUCGGUUGCCAUACUGUUUCAUCCCUUAUUGUAGCUUUAAUAAGCGCAGGCUUUGCGGUAUACUUUAUGAUCAUCGUAAGAAGUCACAAAGAUGCAAUGUCCUAGAAGCGAAC